UUGACAGUCAACUGUGACAUAUGCUUGACAGUAACCAGUAACACACAUUUGACAGUUGCCUGCAACAUCCACCUGACAGUAACCUGUAACACACAUUUGACAGUUACCUGCAACAUUCACUUGACAGUAACCUGUAACACACAUUUGACAGUUACCUGCAACAUUCACUUGACAGUAACCUGUAACACACACUUGACAGUUACCUGCAACAUUCACUUGACAGUAAAUCCGCAAUGCAAUCUU